CUAAGUGACGUAAUAUGUGUCGACAGAGGCGUAAAAAUGCCUGUUUUUCGAAUAUCAAUAAACGUAAAAUAUGUACAUGUAUUUCUAGGCACCACAUGGAUGCAGGAGAUCACGUGGUUACUCAUGAACGACGGUAACAUCUCAGCUGCCAAGCAGACGCCGGUGUAUAUGAGGUCACCUUUUUUGGAGUUCAAGGACAUGACCCUGAAUGAGGUCGGCCUUGACAUCGCCUCUCAAAUGGCGUCACCGAGGGUCAUCAAAAGCCACCUGCCUCUCAAACUCAUGCCAUCACUGCUGCACAAAAGUGGGCCAAAGGACCCUCUGGCUGAGAUCAAACAACUGGCUCAAUUCCUGGGUAAGACAAACCUCGAUGACGUCACACUGUCCAGCAUCGCCAACCACUGUAGCUUCCAGGAGAUGAAAUCAAACCCCAUGACUAACCACCUGGACGUCUACUCAAUAGACAGCUCUGUCUCGCCAUUGCUCAGGAAAGGCACAGUGGGAGAUUGGAAGUCCCAGUUCACAGUGCAGCAAGACGAGGAUUUUGACAAGGUCUACUCUCACAAAAUGGCCGGAUUCGACAUACCCUUCCUUUAUGACCUGAAAAGCAAAUAGCUUACGUGUAGUUGUUGUUGUAAAGGUUGCUAUUGUUGUCGUUGCUGCCGCCGUUGUUGGUUUUUUGAGGGGUU